UCUGUAUAUCGCACAUUGCCAGUUUAUGUCCUUUCAAGAGAGUUGCUUCAUGGAAAAUAAUUUGCCCGUAAAUGGAUAACAGAAAUAAAAUCAGUAAAUGUCUGUAAAAUUAUUUAUAUCUUAAUGUCUCUAUAUCUACUUUGAUUGUUUUCUACUUUCGUUUUAAUGUAGAGACAAGGUCAAAAUGUUGUUUUUUUUUCUGAGUUCCGGGUUUUUAUUUUAAAUGUCACUUAACUUCCGGCCAAUGCUCCUCCAAAUGAAAACACUAAAGAAGGGUAACUAUAUAAGGUCACGUUUUAAAAACCAUUGAUAAGAUGAUAACAGAAGUGUGCACUGGUAUUGAAUAACCUUAAAGGGUUUUAAUCACUUGUGCAUGGUAUUUGAUAUUGUCGAAUGAUAAGCAAUGGAAAAUAUACAGCAAAAAGAAAUCGUAAACAUGUUGAGAGUAGUGUAUGUGAUAAACUAUCCGUGCACCGAGUUAUUUCGUGACAUAUUACGUCAACACGUAACAGAAAUACAAAUGACUGGUCGUUUAUUGGAAGAAGGUACGCAAAAACUCCUCAGAGGAUAUCUUGGGACAGACCUAAAGGAAAUCUUAUACCCUCAAAAUGGAUACUUUACCGGCGACUAUACUUGUCUUGAUUUCUCAGCACUUUAUCGCUUGAUACGCAAUGUAUCAGGAAUCCCAGCCCAUCAAAAAGGUUGGGGUAAAUCUCCCAACCCAUCUGAUCACUCGGUAUCGGCAAAUAUAGAAAGACUACGAAAAAUUAGAAAUGUGGAUACAGCACAUGGUGCAAGCAAAACCCUGAAAGAACACGAAUUUCAAACUCUUUGGAAGAAGAUAGAAAACAGUAUAGAGGAACUUGAGAAAUCUUUACCGUGGAAAUCUACAAAAUAUAAAGAUGAAUUGACAAAAUGGAAGACUUGUCCAUUCGAUUCUACACUACCUAAUGACAAAUUUAUAAUAUUACAAAAAAUUAUAUCAGAAUUGAAAGACGAUGAAUUACAAAGAAAACUUCAGAGUAAAAUGGAUUCUUUUGAGGAAACGCUACAGUCGUCAUUUUCUUCAUUAAUUGAGACCAUGAAUGCUUCUAUCGAAAAUCAGAGCGUGCAAGCAAAGCAAAAAGAAACUCACAAGCCUCAGGGAGAAAUGGAUGCUCUAGAGGAAACGCAUACGUCUAAGUCAACAUUGUUUGGUUUGUAA